AUGGCCGACACGACGCGUUCAUAUGUUGACUAUGCCUUGGCGAUUAUCUGCGCACUACCCCUCGAGCUGGCGGCCGUCAAAGUGAUGCUCGAUGAAGUGCAUGCCGAGCCUCAGUUGGAGUCCUCCCACCAGUGUAGCUACAUCCUGGGGAAAAUCGGAGACCAUAAACUAGUGGUAACGUGCCUGCCAUCGGGAGUCUAUGGCACCACAUCCGCAGCAGCGGCGACCGCGUAUUUGCGAUCCACCUUCCCCAAUAUUCGAUGCGGGCUAAUGGUAGGGAUUGGAGGGGGCGUGCCGAGCGAAACCGCAGAUAUUCGCCUCGGUGAUGUCGUCGUGAGCAAGCCCACGGGGACCUAUGGCGGCGUGGUCCAGUAUGACAUGGGCAAGACCACUAGUGGUGGACACUGGGAAUGUACCGGGACAUUGAACCAGCCACCCCCCAGCCUGCUCAUGGCCAUCGCCCAGCUCGAGGCGGAUGACAAGAUACGCCGGAGUGACAUGAUCUUACAGUCCAUUGUAUGUGUGCUCAGCCAAAACCCAGACAUGCAGGCCGAAUUUUCACGACCUACGGAAGAGGAUCGCUUUUUCCUAUCGAAAGAUCCGUCAGGUAUGCCCGGUGAAACGGACCAACCGGCCCUGCGUGCUUUACGAGACUCGAGCGAGCCGCAUAUCUAUUACGGAAUCAUUGCAUCUGGAAACCAAGUGAUGAAGGACGGUCAAACUCGGGAUCAGAUUGCGCGAAGGUUGAACGCGUUAUGUUAUGAAAUGGAGGCCGCAGGGAUUAUGAAUCACCUCCCCUGCCUGGUGAUCCGGGGCAUCUGUGACUAUUGCGACUCCCACAAAAACAAACAAUGGCAGGGGUAUGCCGCCCUGGCGGCUGCGGCUUAUGCUAAGCGGCUUCUCUCUGUACUUCCAGCAGCCCAGUUCUCGCCUAGUCAGACGGCACGGCAGAGGUCCUUCAUGGUGCCCUUCGACCAAAAUCCACAUUUCCGAGGACGAACCGGCGAACUCGAGAGGCUGGAGACGCUGGUAUUAAGCCAGAAUCAGAUCCGAAAGGCUGCCAUUUCAGGGCUCGGGGGAGUUGGAAAGACGCAGGUCGUGAUCAACCUGGCAUACAGGAUUUGUGAUCAAGCGCCACAGCAAUCCAUCUUUUGGAUCCAAGCAACAAGUGUCGAUGCCGUGGAAAAAUCAUUUGCAGACAUCGGUCGCACAGUCGGGCUGCCGAACACAACCCCAGACAAUAUCAAGGCAGAUGUGAAGGCCUACCUAAGCUCGGAGCGGGCGGGCUCAUGGCUCCUGAUCGUCGACAAUGCCGAUGAUGCAGAUAUGUGGAUGUCCCCGCCGACCGCACUUAAAGAUUUUCUUCCUCGGAGCGAGACUGGGUUUACCAUCUUUACCACACGGAAUCAGCAACUGGCCACCCGUCUAGUAGGACCGGAGGUCAUCAAAGUCUCAGAAUUAGAUGGCCAGUUAGCAACGGAGCUCUUUCGAGCGUCUUUGAUGAAUAAAGAUCUGAUGACGGAUGAUACGUCGGCUAUGAUGCUUUUGCAUCAGCUUGGGGGUCUACCUCUCGUCCUCAUCCAAGCGGCAAGCUACAUCAACCAGAACUGCAUUGGUUUGAAAGAUUAUUCAUUGCUCCUGAAUGAGCAAGAACAUGUCAAAGUGGAAUUGCUCAGUCAGGACUUCGAGGACGACUAUCGAUAUGAGGAAACGCAGAAUCCGGUGGCAACAACAUGGCUGAUCUCGUUUGAGCAGAUCCGCCGGUCAAACCUAUUGGCCGAGGAAUAUCUAUCGCAUAUUGCAUGUAUUAACCAUCGAGACAUCCCACUGUCCCUUCUCCCGCAAAAGGGUUCCCCAGUGGAGCGGCAGAAAGCACUGGGGCUCUUGAAAGCAUAUUCUUUUAUUACUCAGAUGGUCGACAGCGCGUCCCUCAAUAUGCACCGACUCGUUCAUUUGGCGAUGCGAACUUGGCUUCGGAAUGAAAACCUUCUCGAGGGCAGGACAGUCCAGACUUGUGACUUUUUCAACGAGAUCUUCCCCUCUGAUGAUCACCAGAACCGGGCAUUGUGGCGGGAAUACUUACCACACGCACAGUUCCUCCUCCAAACCCAGGAAUGUGUCAAAGGAGGUCUGGAACGGGAGGACUUAUGCCAAAUGGUUGCUUUGUGUCUCUCUGCCGACGGAAGAUAUAAUGAUGCAGAGCCCCUUUUCCAAGAGGUGCACGAAAAAAGAGCUGCCCGGCUAGAUAAAACAGAUUUGAAAAUGCUCAAAAGCAUGGUCAACCUCGUUAACAUAUACUGGAGCCAGAAGCGAUGGAAUGAAGCUGAAGAGCUGAAUAUCCAAGUUUUGAAUAAUCGCAAGAUAACACGAGGCCUAGAACACCCUGAGACACUCGACAACAUGAGCCUAGAACACCCUGAGACACUCACCAGAAUGAGUAAUCUUGCAGGCAUAUACAGGAGCCAGGGGCGAUGGAAGGAAACUGAAGAGCUACUAAUACAAGUCUUGGAUACUCGCAAGACAACACUAGGCCUAGAACACCCUGAGACACUCACUAGCAUGGCCAAUCUUGCAAGCAUAUACUCGAGCCAGGGGCAACUGAAGAAAGCUGAAGAGCUGGAGAGCUGGGGAUACAAGUUUUGGAUACUCACAAGACAGUGCUUGGGCUGGAAAAUCCUUCUACUUUGCUCAGCAUGUGGUAUUUGGCUCAUACUUUGA